AUUCAGUGGUGCUUUGGAGGGGGCUGGAACAGAUGAAUCGUUUUAAUUCGAUUGUUUCACGUGACAACCGUGUCGUCAGGUAGGAGCAGUGAGGAGGCGGAGAAGAUUUAUGACCGAGGAGACCACCUGAAAAAGCGCCAGCCACCAAGCACAUGCGCCCGACGAGACCACCGGAGGGGGACGGCAGCCUCAGAGAAGAAGUGCCCCCAAACGGGGCAUCCGGCGUGUCCGAGGACAACGCAGUCCCUCACUCGGAAGACCAACUCGGUGGUCCGGUUGAACAAGCAGCGGCCUGGUUUGCGCUACGACGCUGUGUCGCAGACGGGCCCCCCGCACGCACCUGUGUUUGCGGUGAGCGUGGACGUCAACGGCCUCCGCUUUGAGGGCAGGGGAUCCACCAAAAAACAGGCCAAGACGAGGGCAGCCGAGCUGGCUCUCAAGUCCUUCGCCCAGUUCCCCGAUGCAGGCUCGGAGGGCGUGGAGAGCGCCGCAGACGAUUUCACGGAGGACCAAUUGGAUCGGUCACAAAUGUUCUCCACGGACGACACAGGUGGCAAAAGUACUCACACUUAAAUAAAUGACGGCCCACUUUAAAAAGGCUUUCAUAAUUGCAUAUCCAUGCCACAAUAUUCCGGCAAAACUAUUAAAGCAGAGAUGAUCAUCAAGCAUCAACACGUUUUCAGCAUGCACCCAAUCAGGAACCCAUGUGACAUCAAUGACGGCAGUAGUUAAGAGUAGUUCCUCGUUUAUUAUGGUUGUUAGUUUGCAGAACCCACCGCGGUAGUCUCACUUCACUAAUUCCCCUUCGGGUCUCUGACCGAAGCCACACCCCUCACGUGUACGAGACGUGAACUGUACUUAACAUGCACUGUAAUCAAGCCGAAGUUAGCCGCGGGUGCUACGUUGGAAGCAUGUGUGUCGUGUUCCUACCUGUAACAUUGGAUUUUGUUGUUGGAACUUUUCUUUCUUGAAUUGUCCAUUCGUCCAUCGACCUUCUUCAUCUUAACUGGGCUCAGGUUGCUUCCGUUCUCCUACAUUUUUUUUUUUACAGAGAGAUCCUAAAAUAUUCCCAGGCCAAAUGGGAGACAUCAGCUCUAUCCAAAUCCGUACGCUGAAUUUGAAGGCAAAAUGACGUGACUUCGGCGCGACUCGACCACGCACCACCAAAUUCACGUGGCCCUCAAAUCCCUCCUUCAAAUCUGGCCUUUGUUUUCAUCGAAGCGCUCACAUGGCAUUCUAAUUAGAUGUCCGAGCCACCUCAUUGGGCUCCUCUCUGAGCCCCUCGCGGUUGACAGAGCUUCUAUCUAUCUCUAAGUGAGAGAGACCUGACGCCCUGCAGAGGAAACUCAUUUUGGCCACUUGUAUCCGGAAUCUUGUUCUUUCGAUCAGUGGCGCGUGUGAUUUUUCACCUGCUGCAUGUGUAAGUCGACCUGAUAUUGCUCCUGUCAUUAUUUGGGGCUACCUAAGUAAAACUGAAUUAAAUUCUUUUCUGGAGUUGGAUAUUCCAUUAUGGUUUAAGCAAAGCUCCUGAAGCCCAGUGUGCAAGAGGUAUUUUGGAAUCCUCGUCAGUCUCAAGGUUUUCUGUUUGUGAUUGGCUGUUGUUCUUUGGGUAGAAGGUGAAAACUGGACCUGCAACUCAGCGAGGAAGGAGGUAUUUCCCCGAAAUGGCAAUCAAUCCUGCCCCCGAGGAGUGGUCAGUUCCUGGGUCUUGGGGUGUUUCGAUCCCAUUGGGCUGCUCGGUGAACUGCGACCGGGCCUGCGCUACUUCUGCCUGAUUGAACGAGUUCCCGGCCGGCCGGAGAGGCGUUUCUUUGCGGCUGUGCGGGUGGACGGGCGGAUGUUCGAAGGCUGCGGCCGAAGUAAAAGAGCCGCCAAGGCCCGGGCGGCUGCUGCCGCUCUGCGCUCGCUCUACGACGUCAGCCCCGAGAGGAAGAUGAUGGGUCUGCUCGAGGAUAAAAAGCAAUUGCCCCAGUUCUUUGCAGAAUACAUCUUCCAGCUAACAAGACAAAAAUGCCAGCAGCUGAUGGACCAAAGCCUCGCCACACACAACAUGGCCGCCAUUAUCAUGACGACAGGAUUUGAGGUGAGCUCGGCUGAGGUGGUUUCCAUGGCAACGGGGACCAAGUGUUUGGACUGGGAUGGAGUCUGUCACGAUGACAGUGCGCUGCACGACUGUCAUGCCGAGGUUGUGUGCAGGAGGGCGCUGUUACGCUUCUUAUACGCUCAACUGGAGAUGCUUCUGAUACGUCCUCCAGACAAGAUUGACGUUGGGUGGGUGUCCAUCUUUGAACGAGCGACUGGUCGCCGAAGGGUCUUCAGGCUGCGAGACCACGUUGGACUCCACAUGUUUGUUACCUCGUCACCAUGUGGAGAUGCCAGACUCAACUGUCCAUACGAAAACCACAUCUCACCCUCCGUGAUGACAAAUGUGUUGCGCUGUGGCCUGAGGUCAAAGGUGGUCGGCGGCCAGGGAACGUUGCCCGUCACAGCUCAGUCGGCCAAUCAGAAGAGGGCAGGCGUGUCACCGGGUAAAGCUCAAGUCAGCAUGUCUUGCACGGACAAAAUCGCCAAGUGGUGUGCCGUAGGCCUGCAGGGGGCGCUGAUGUCUCACCUGGUGGAGCCUGUGUACCUUCAGAGCUUGACGGUGGCCACGUUGAGCCACACGGGCCACCUGCAACGCGUCCUGGCUCGCCGCCUCGCCCCCAAUAAACGCCACGCCGCGCCUUACAGGCGACAACUGCCUCUGCUUGCGUGUCUAAGAACGGUCGAGCUGCGCGCAUGCGGGAAUUCGUCGCGCAUCAGCGUAAACUGGAGCGGCGGCGACAGUGACGUGGAGGAGCUCAGCACCUCGUCGGGCUUACAGAGCCGCUGUGGGAUGCCAUCCAGACUCAGCGGCCGUCGUUUUUUUGCCCGCUGGCAGCGUCUUCACAGGCAGCUCAACGAAUGGACGUCAGAGGACAUGCUGAGGACGCACGGCGCUUGGAAGCGAGCGGCCGGUCCGUACCAGAAGGCCGUGCGGCAAUUUGUCGCCUCCGUGCGGAACGCGGGACUCGGAACGUGGAACAGGAAACUUAUGCAAAGUUCUCAAGGCGCAGAGGACGACGGAGUGUCAAUAUGUGAUGUCGUUCUGAAAACAAGGGCAAGUGGUGAGCGUGUCUGACUUGCAUUUCGAGGCUCUGGGUUCGAAUUUGGGCUGGGGUCUUCCUACGGAAGUUUGCAUUGUCUUUUUUUUCCCCUUCUCACGUCCCAAAAACAUGUUAGCUUCAUUAAAAACAAUCAGAAAUUUUCACAAUAAUUAACUUCUAAAUUAAAGAGUCUUAUCUCAGGAAGACUUUUGAAUUGCAUUUUAACUAAUAGCAAUAAUCGUAUUUGAGAUUUAGAAUGCAAAGUCGGGCAAGUUAAGCUUCCCGUAUUUUGCAAAGAUAGCUCAGUGAAGCACUGAAAAAUACUUGGGAAACUCAUAAUUAGCAUAUGUAAUUGUAAAUGACUCAUUUGAUGAUUAUUUACAUGUCGUUUUAGUCAAUGCCGUUUUCGUCAAAGCAUAAGAAAAUAUUGUCAAACAGUUGAACAAGAAUGGUUUGUUGAUACAUUUCUUGGCAGUGUUAAUUUGACGUGACUAUUUUUGUCUGUUAACUGUAUUAUUGUUUUAUGUUAUGUUAUUUGCAAAGUGUUAUUUGGAAGAGCGCAGCCUUGUCAUGAAGCAACUGCGACAUUUUGAGGAGGAGAGGGAUGUCCUACGUCAUUCAUUCUAAUGUAAAUAAACAACAUAUUGUCACGACUAUUUCCGUAUCGUAAAGAAAUCAUUAUUACAAGUGGGUGGUGUUGGCGAGUGUUCAAUAGGGGGAGACAGACGUAAGAGAGAAGAAAAAAAAAGUGGUGUCGGGUCAACUACUGUAGUUUUAUUUGGAUUGACGGGUAACAAAGUGACAUCAUUACAAUAACAUUGAUAACAAAAGCGCACU